AGCGUGCAACCCUGUCACGCCAGCGAUGAAUGGAAAAGAAUAUGGCGACCUGACUCUGGAGAAAAUUUAGAAUUUGUCCGGCAAAAGUAGUGUGCAAUACGAGUAAAUUUGCGCCCUGAAGCCAAAAUAGAGCAAGCGAAACCGCGGGGAGGCUAACGACAAGGAUACGAAGAUCACAGGACACACAGCGGCAGCAACGGCGAGAUGGGCGAGGUCAAGUCCGUCAAGGUGGACAACUGGGGCGUCUUCUUCCUCCAGAAGCUGCAGAACUUCUUCAACAAAACGGACUACUGCGACCUGACGCUGCAGUUCCGGGACAACUCACAGCUGAAGGUGCACCGCCUGGUGCUCAGCGCCUGCACCGACUACUUCAAUGUUCUGGAGCAGACCUGCGAGAUCGUCGACGAUGCCCUCAUCAUGCCCAACGAGUUCCAGGCGGACGUGGUGGUGCCCAUUGUCAACUUCAUGUACACCGGCACGUUGGAGUUUGAGCUCAAGAUGUACGGCAAGCUGCUGCGCACCGCCAAGGAGAUGAACAUGACGGUGCUGCUGAAGCUCCUCGAGGCGCAUCGCCGCACCAUGGAGAACGUGAACCGCCAGCAGAGGCCUCCCAGUCCGAAGGGCAUCCGCCGGCGCACCGUGGGACAACCCAGCUCAGGUCUUCCCCAGCAGCGCGUCCUGGGACCGUCGCCCACGUCCCGGAAUGUGGCCACACCCACCAUGCAGCGGGGCAACACACAGCGCGGACCCACUGGCAACCCAAUGAUCCGCACCUCGAGCGGCACAAUCAAGCAGGAGCCCACCUCGCCAUUCGAGCAGCUGCGGAAGGGCUAUAACAACAACAAGAGGCCGGCACAGACCAGCCUGCUGUCGCCGCCCUCGAAGAAGCCCAGCUUGGAGGAGGUCAAGGAGUUUGCCGAGCAACAGCGGAUGCGUAAGCAAAUAGCUGCGGAGUACGGAGAUCACGAUCCUGAGUACGAUGGCGGCAUGCUGUACGAUGAUGUCCAUGCUGGAGACGACGAUGAUGAUGAUAUGCCGCCGCAGCCAUCGACGUCCAAGCAGCAGUCGCCGCAGGGCACGCAGACCCAGCUGGAGCACGGAUCUACCACUAUCAUCCUCAAGCAGGACUCGCCCAGCCAGACGCCCACGAUAAUCGUGAAGGAUUCGUCCAACGCCAAGCUGAACCACACCAAGAUCAUAGCCGAAGUGCUGCGCCAGUAUCCGCACAUUGUCAAGGGCCACAAGAACAUCAAGCUGAAAAUAAUGCCCAACACACCGCCCGCAGAGAAGUCGGCACCGGCGGCAGUGAAGCCAGCACCGACUCAGUCCGCCUCCACAUCGCCACACAAGAAGUUGCAUGUAUCCUUUAAGGCCGACAAGAAUGCGCCAUUGAUCACCGCUCAGCAGAAGGCGGCCAGUUCGCAGCAGAAGACUGCAACUACGCAGGGUAUCUCUUCUCAGGCACCUGUGGCGAAUCCACCGGCAAAUGCGGCCGCUGCGCAGAAGAGACGGAUUGACAGCAAGACAAUGCACGCCCUGAUUGCCCAAGGAGCCGAGAAUACUACAGGUCCCUGGCUGUGCCUGCGGUGCGGCGUAAACGGACGCCCCAUCAGCAUUCCGUCGUACCGCGGCUUCCGACGCCAUCUGAUCAACACGCACAAGGAGACCAUUGAUCCGGCGCUAUGCGAGCACUGCGGCUGGCGGUCGGGCAACAACCGGGAACUGCAUUUCCACAUGUACAUGGAGCACCAGAUCAAGUCUCUGCUCUACACCUUUGCCGAGUGCGCGCUGUGCAACCAGUCGUUUUUGACCAAGGGCGAGCUGGAGGCGCACAUCAACGAGGCGCACACGGACGACAACAAGCAGCAGUGCAUCUACUGCAACAAGGUAUUCGAGCAGGAGCUGCAGCUGUACAGGCACAUGAAGAGCUACCACAAGGAGCAGGCCCUGGAGGAUGGCAUAAUCGAUGAAACGGACGAGGAGUUCCUCGGCUCUCAGGAUGAGGAAGAGGAGGAGGAGGAGCAGGAACCGCAGCAGACUGACAAAGUGCGAAUCCUUUCGGACAUCAGUCUGCCCGCCACCAGUGCCAUCGCAGUGCAGCAGGAGCAGCUGCAGCACCAGCAGGAGGAGGAGGUAGAGCAGGUGCAGCAGGAGGUCAAGUUUGUGGGUGCCGAUGGCAACGAGGUGGAGCUCACGGAUGAGCAGCGCAAAGAGAUCCUUUCGCAGCUCAACCAGCAGCAAGCAGGCGCCGCCGCCGGUGGAGUGGUAAUGGUGCUCAGUGAACCCGAGGCGGAGCCCGCGAAGCAGGAAACGGAUGAGAAAUCCCUGGCCGGCACCGAGGAGGAGUACGAUGACAGUCAAAUCUACAGCGAGCUGGCUGCCGCCGACUCUGUGGAAAGCGCCAGAAAGAACGUGGCCGAUGAGAGCAAAGAGUCGAUGGACGAUAACCUCGAGUGGGCUGAGAACCUUAUUGCAGAGUCCGAGGAGCAGAGCAACAAGGAGCCGAAACUAGAAAAAUCACGGGAUGACAUCAGCGAAAAGCUUAAGGAGCUGACCGGCGACUGGACCGAGGAUGAGAACGAUGACGAGGCCGAUGGAGAUGCCCAUGGCAAGCCUGCCGCCACAGAGCUUGCAACCGAACUGGCCGCCAAGCACCCAGAGUCCACAGAGGAGGAGGACGACAUUGACUUGGCCCUCCAGUCUCUGCACAAGGGACCUGAAGAUCAAGCUGUGGAAAAACCCGGUGAGGAGUCUGUCGAUGAUGCUGUUAUUGCGGCCUCUAGUAUAAACAAUGAGCCAGAGAAAAUGGAAGUAGACUCCGAAACGCCGCAAGAGAAGGCUCCAAAAGCAGACGUCACGAUCAAGAAAGAGCACGGGGUCGAAAACGAGGAAGAAGAAUUUAUCAAGGAAGAUGCACCAAUUGCAGACGCCGAGCCCGAAGCGGCAGUUCCCGAUGAUGAUGUGCAUCUGGAGGCCGAUAACAUACGCAAAGAGCUGCUCGAUGAAUUGAUUGCCGAGGCCGAGAAACCGAAUCAGGAAAAGAGCAUGGAUCAACCUGAGGAGAAUGCUACGGCAGAGGCAUCCACACCAGCCUUAGAAAGUGAAGUGACGGAAGAGGAUGACCUGGUGCCACCCACCCAGCUGUCCACCGACCAAAUGGAAACUGAUGAGCAUGAGCCGGAAGCGGAUAAACCGGUUAAGAAUAAUGAUGAUGCCAGGACGACAGACAAGAAGGAAACCGUCGUAGAGGACAAGCCAAACAAGAGUGGUGAUGCAGCAGAGCCCGAAAAGGCGUCCCCAGAAAGUGCAAAAGCUGCCGAGGAAACGACGACGUCCGGUGAAGCAGCCAGCGUGGACAAGGUGAAGAGUCUCAUUAGCGAAUGGGCGGACGAUGAUGAGGAGGAGGACGAGAAUGGGGUUAGUGCGGCGGCGAAGGAGGAGCUAUAAUUACUAGAUUUAUUUAUGUUCUAAGUUCGUUAGCAGAUAAUAGCAUCUGAGCUCGCUAAGAAUUUUCGGUUUCUAUUGUAAAUUAAAUUGUUAACGAAGAUCGCGGUGGAUGAU